AUGACUAGGCUUCCUGGAGAUGGAGCAGAUGUUUUGACGUGCAAUGGACAUCCCGCAAUAGGCACCAUAUUUCCGGAGAUAGGAUCCAAAGGGAAGGCCAGAGUCAUAAAAGUGACAUUUACACAGAUGAUUGUGCAGAUAUUUGAAGUGGAGGGGAGAAAGACAGCCAUUGAAUACAGAGGAAUCUUCCGGCCUGUUGACUUCAAUCCAAACGAGCACCUAUGCGAUAGAUUUGCAAAAGGAGACACUGUCGAAUGUACCGUUCUAUCAUACGGAGAUAAUGGGGUCUUUGUGAAUCUUUGA